GCUCCGGAUGUUCCGCAGCUCCGGCGGCUCGCAGGUGGAGGGCCCUGGAGCCUAGGACCGUGCUCCUGAGUAGGAGGCUGUAGAAAGUCCGGGUCCAGAACCCGGAGGCGCGCGGGGGUGGGCGCUGCUGCCGCGGGUUGUUUAUCUGGAGUACGGAGGGGAGGGGGGAGCCUGGAAACCGCCCCGUGUCCCAUUUCCUCCUCUUGUUUUCGCUCCGGAUUCUCCAUGUUGGACCCAAACUGAGGAGCCCGGAGCUGCCGCCGGGGGAUCGGGGCCGGGGGCACCCGGGGGAGCCGCUGCCGGGGCCGCCCGCUCUCGGUACAGGCCGCCUCCCUUCCCGGCCCAGGGAGGGAACAAGAGCAGGCAUGUGAACAGCAGUGGGAGUCGGAGUCUCGGGAGCCGGAGCCGGAGCGGGCCCCCGCCCAGGCCCCCCAGCCCAGCACAAGCCUGUGCGCCCGCGCGUCCUCCCGCCCAGCCAGCCCGGGCCCGUGGGAUUGUUAGAUGGAACACGGCUCCAUCAUCACCCAGGCGCGGAGGGAAGACGCCCUGGUGCUCACCAAGCAAGGCCUGGUCUCCAAGUCCUCUCCUAAGAAGCCUCGUGGACGUAAUAUCUUCAAGGCCCUUUUCUGCUGUUUCGGAGCCCAGCAUGUUGGCCAGUCCAGCUCCUCCACUGAGCUCUCCGCGUAUAAGGAGGAAGCCAACACCAUUGCUAAGUCGGAUCUGCUCCAGUGUCUCCAGUACCAGUUUUAUCAGAUCCCAGGGACCUGCCUGCUCCCAGAGGUGACAGAGGAAGAUCAAGGAAGAAUCUGUGUGGUCAUUGACUUGGAUGAAACUCUUGUGCAUAGCUCCUUUAAGCCGAUCAACAACGCUGACUUCAUAGUGCCUGUAGAGAUCGAGGGGACCACUCACCAGGUGUAUGUGCUCAAGAGGCCUUAUGUGGAUGAGUUCCUGAGACGAAUGGGGGAACUCUUUGAAUGUGUUCUCUUCACUGCCAGCCUGGCCAAGUAUGCCGACCCUGUGACAGAUCUGCUGGACAGGUGUGGGGUAUUCCGGGCCCGCCUGUUCCGUGAGUCCUGCGUGUUUCACCAGGGCUGCUAUGUCAAGGACCUCAGCCGCCUGGGAAGGGACCUGAGGAAAACCCUCAUUCUGGACAACUCGCCUGCUUCUUAUAUCUUCCACCCAGAGAAUGCAGUGCCUGUGCAGUCUUGGUUUGAUGACAUGGCGGACACUGAGCUGCUGAACCUGAUCCCAAUCUUUGAGGAGCUGAGCGGAGCAGAGGAUGUCUACACCAGCCUUGGGCAGCUGCGGGCCCCUUAGCUUUUUCCCUGCUGCCAAGCAACGGCCAUCCCAGUAGGGGACUUUCCUACACUGUGCCUUUAUGAUCAGCCUGACAGAGUAGAAGCUGGAGCAUCUCACCAGAUGAGGCCUGGAAAUAGAAGUGAUUGGAAAGAGCUUUAGGACAGGUUAGAUGCCAAGUGGGCAAGUACCAGACCAGCGAUACCCAGAGCUGCCUGCUCCCUGAGACGGGUUCCCGAGGUUUGUGUGUGCGUGUGUCUAUGUGUGUGUGUCUUGCCUUGACCUGUGGUCCUGGGAUAUAAGUGUUUCAGGUUCGGGGAGAAGCUGAAUGAUCAAAACUCUUCCCAA